UGUCUUACCAGUUAGACAUUUAUAACACCCUGACUUUUUUGUGUUGCUCUGCUCUAGCCUCUACACUCCUACACUGUUCUCUCUUUGCGGACGAUCACUCCAGGAUUUCUCAAGAAUUCAAUGGCAUUGCUUGUGAGAAACCAGGACGAUUAUGUGAUUCAUAAUCUUGAGGAGGAUGGUUCGAGUGACGAGGAAUUAGGUCAUGGUGAUGAGGUUGAGGAAACAUUUGAUCCGGUGUGUUCCCUUUGCGAUAAUGGUGGAGUGCUUUUAUGUUGUGAAGGACGUUGCAUGAGAUCCUUUCAUAGUGGUGAAGAAGGAGAGGCGGACUCUGAUUGUGUCACUCUUGGCUUGACAAGAGAUGAGAUUCAGGCUAUGCGUUCCUUUAAAUGUCCAAAUUGUGAGUAUAAGAUACAUCAAUGUUUCUCCUGUGGCGAGUUAGGAUCUUCUGAUGAGCAGUUAGGAGCUCAGGUUUUUCAAUGUGAUAAAGCAACGUGCGGGUACUUUUAUCAUCCUAAUUGUGUUGCACGACGACUUCAUCGCCAUAAUGAAGAUGCUGCUACAGAGCUUAAGGAGAGGAUUCGAGCAGGAGAAUCAUUUGACUGCCCUCUUCAUGUCUGCUAUGUUUGUAGACAACCUGAAGAUGUGGCUGAUCCUAAUUUGCAAAUGGCUGUCUGUAGACGCUGUCCAAAAGCUUACCACAGAAGAUGUUUACCUAGGAGGAUUGCUUUUGGAGACAAUGGAGUUGAAGGCCGCGUCCAAAGAGCUUGGGAAGGUCUCUAUGUGAAUCGGAUUUUGAUUUAUUGCAUGCGGCAUGAGAUUGACGAAUUCUUAGGCACUCCUCUUAGAGACCACAUAAAAUUUCCUGGGGAUGGUUAUGGGUCCGAUAGUGCCAUUGUCGUAGACAUAUCCUCAGGUGCACCCGAAUGCAGCAUGGAUGAAAGUUCCAUUAGCCGAGAUAUGUCAUCCUUGAACAUGGAAGUUGCACCUCCUAAAACUAUGCUUGCUGAGAAGCUGGAGGAUGAUAAGUGAAAUUUGAAAGAAAGGAGGAGCAAAAUCAGUUGUAGGAGACAACAAAUCGCAUGGAAGUAAUUAUCUAAGAUUUUUUUGCAUGUUUUGCAAGAGUAACAUACAAGUGGUGGAAGAGUUUAUCUAAGCUUAAAAUUGCAUAUUGUUGCUCUUUCCAUACUAGGGAAAAUAUGUAUUUCUGUACAAUGACUUUCUUCUGAAACGUGCUAGGUUUUAAAUGUGCUGAAGUUUCAUGGUUUUGUAUUAUAUGCAUGCCUCUUUCUUAA